AAAAAGCCAGCCUCCAGCCGGAGAGCUGUUACCUCACUGCUGUUCCCAUCUAACAUCAGGCUCCGGGAAGGAAAGGAAGAUUCCUCUUCUCCCCUCUUCCAAGUGACAAAGCCCGCGCGCGGCGCCACCAUGCGGCAGGAGGCGGUGUCGCUCUUCCUGUGCUACCUGCUACUCUUCGCCGGCCGCGGGGCGCAGGCAGGCAAACGACAACAGGGAAAAGAAGGCUCGGAAGGCGGAGGCUCCGGGUUCUGGGGCGCGCUGACCUACAUGGCUGUCGGAGGAGGGCUCCUGGCUGCCGGGCUGCCCGCGCUGGGCUUCACGAGCACCGGCAUUGCCGCCAACUCGGUGGCCGCCUCGCUGAUGAGCUGGUCGGCCGUGGCAAACGGGGGCGCGGUGCCCGCCGGGGGGCUGGUGGCCACGCUGCAGAGCCUCGGGACCAGUGGUGGCAGUGCCCUCAUGGGCAAGGUUGGUGCCUUUCUAGGCUACACUGUCCACAAAUUCCUCGAAAACAGCAAGGAGGAGGUGGACGAUGAGGAGUAG